AUGUUAACUUCUAUUUCAAAUAGUGAGUCUCCUUCAGCUUUAUAUACAAAUUUAAAUAAAAAGACAACAAAUGAUUUAACAUCCUCUCCUAGUAGUUAUGUUAGUCUAUUAGAUUCAUAUGAUACACCUGAUGGUUCUGUUUUAUCUAUUCCUCAGCGCGCCACAUUGAACUGGAGUAAAACAUUGGAUACAUUACGUCAAUGGAGUACAAGAACAUUAAAAUAUACUCGACAAUUAUUUCAAGAACGUAUGGGACAUGUUAUUCCAACACAAGAUAUAGAACUUGAACAGAAUAUUCAGCUUGUUCGUGAAACAAAACAACAUUAUGAACAUAUAUUAAAAGAAGCACGUCAAAUGAGUAUUUAUUUUGCCGGUCUUCUUCAAACACAACGAUCUCUCGGUGAAUGUUUUAGUGAAUUACAACAAAUAUCUGCUUCAUCAGAUGAUCUUGUUGAUCAACUUGUACGAAAUAGUGAAUGUCAAAAAGUAAUUGCACUUAAUGGUGAAACCCUUCUAAAUUCAAUGAAUAUAUUUAUUGAUAAACUACAUACCUUAACAAAUAAAACAAUAGAAGAUACUUUAUCAACAAUAAAAGUAUAUGAAAAUGCAAGAACUAAAUAUGAUGCUCAUCGAUAUGAUUAUGAAGUAUUAUUAGCUCGAAAUAAUCAAUCAGAUGAUAGACUAUCUUCAGCAGAUCAACAUAUACAACAACAAUAUGAACAUUUCAAACAAUCUUAUGAAAAAUCGAAAUCUGAUCUUACAAUUAAAUUAAAAUUAUUGGAUGAAAAUAGAAUUCAAGUAAUGAAGCAACAGUUAAUCAAUUUUCAUAAUGCUAUUGGUGCUUAUUUCUCACAAAAUUUACAAAAUCCAUUUGGUGAACAAGAUGAAAUUAAUAUACUACAAUUAACAUUGUUAAAGUUCAAACAUGAUAAACCUACGGAAGAUAGCACACGAUUUGUAAAACUGUUAAUUGAACAAGAUACAUUCUCAAUUGAAUUUGCGUCAAUGGAAGAUUUUAUUGAUCGUCUGUGUUCGAAGAGAAAUACAGAAACUGUAUUUAAACAAAUUCCAAAAUAA